GCACAUCACAUAGUCGAUUCUUGACGUCCCCGAACUCGGCCACACUUCUUGACUUCUUUCUUUACAACCCAUGUUUCGUAUGCUCUGGCUGCCCAAUGAUGGACAGACUCCACGUAGUUGUGCAUAUAUGUCGGGCGUCACCCAUCGACAGACAUCCCAAUCAACGACUAGAUGAGAAGGGUACUGACAAGGCAUACAAUGAGGCGUCUAGCAAAGUGUCUAGCAAAGCGUCUAACAAGGCAUCCUGAGCCCACAGCCUGAUGCUGGUGGUGGUGUGGCACUGCCCGCGGCAUUGUUGUCAAUUCCCCCUCGAAAUCGCGAAAUUAUUCUUCACAUGCUGAAGUCGCUGUUUCUUCGCGAUCGAUAUCAAUUACCUCAAUGGACCCUCUUACUGCCUUGGGCCUCGCCGGCAAUAUCGUCCAAUUCAUCGACUUUGCCUGGAAAUUGUUUGAGGGGACCAAAGCCAUCUACAAGUCAGCAUCAGGCUCUAGCCACGACAACGCUGUCCUACAAAGCAUUGCGAACGACCUGAGACACCUAAGCAACGGCAUCAUCAUUUCGAACCAGCACUCCGAAGAGCUAAGGCGUCUUGCGACAGAAAGCAAGCGGAUCAGUCUGGAACUCUUGGACGCUCUAGAGAAGCUGAAACUCCAAGGCCGGAAUACGAAAUGGAAAAGCUUCGUCCUUGCAUUGCGAGAGGCAUGGAGCCGAGGCAAGAUAAAUGAGAUGUCCGACAGGCUAUCGGCUCUCCAAAGCCAGAUGAAUUUGCACAUCCAGAUCAUGGUUAGAGCACUUUUGAACAGCCAAGAGAAUGUGUUUUGAUGAGCCAGCGGGAGGUUGUCUUGACGAUAGAUAUACUGUCGAACCAAAGGCUCUUCAACAGUUCCUGAUCUUGCUUCAUCGUGGCAAUAGUAUUGUUCAAAUUUUCCAACUUAUUCAGCU